AUGAAUGAAAAUAAUUUCAAUGACUGUUUUAAACAAGGUAAAAUUGUAGAUACAGAUCUUGAUUUAGAAAGUCAGAGUUUUCGAAAUCAUGCAAUUGAUGAAGUUGCAAGAGAUAUGACUUAUAGUUCAAUUAUGUACACAAGCAAUUUACAAAAUUCAUCUAGAUUUCUAUAUUCAAGUGUUGUUGGUGAUUCUAAAAUGGGUUCAACAGAUGUAGAUAGAAGUUCAUUUCCAUUAAUAUUUACCAACAAUAAAGUACUCGAUGAAGAAAAAAAGAUUAUAUUUAAUCCAAUAGCUGAAGCUAUAUUUGAUAGUUGGGUUAUAGGUGAAGAUUACACCAAAUUCCAAUAUGAAUAUCCCUAG